AUGCCUGCUGUCCAGCUCUCAGAAACAGCCAACAGCGCCAUCCGCCAUUUCCUUUCGGCGCGCGACUUCGACGACGACUACAACGACGCGCGGAACAAGGCCAGAGCAAUCGGGGGUGGCGUAAUCGCAGCCAUUGUUGUCGUCAUCGUCCUUACCAUUGCCGGCGUUAUUUUCGCCAUUAUCAAAUGCAGCCGCAGCAGGAAGAGACGGGCGCAAAACGAGUUGGAGAUGAAGAAGUACGUGGGCGGAGUUCCGGUCACCGAUGCGGCAACGGCGGGCAACACGACCGUCCCGGCGCCCAGCGGGGGGGACAUGAACGGAUACGGGUUUAGCGGAGGAUAUGUUGCCAACGACGGAAUUGCAGGCACCGGCAAGGAUGCCCACAACGCGUCGGAUGCGAUGCCCCCGGCGUACACUGCAAACAACGGCCCGACGGCGAACUAA